CCUCUCGUUUUCUGUCAACCAAAAGCAAAAAAGAAGAAAAGAAAACUUCGUCUCAUCUGUAGGGACAGAGAGGGAAGGGAAGGGGAUCCAGAGAGCGAGAGAGCCACCGUGUUCUAGGGUUUUCUCGCGCGGCGAUGGUGAUGGCGGCGGCGAUGGCGGCGGCGAGGGCGGCGGCCAGGACACCCGUCAGCGCGGCGACGAGGAUCGUGCAGCGGAGGCUCGGCACCUCAUCCACCGGCAGGAAGGACGACGCCGACAACGUCGACAUCAUCAACCAAGCAAUUACAUUGGCAAAGAGUAGUGAUGGAAAGAAGGUGGUGAACAGCAUUCUGAUCACACUUGGAAUCACUUCUUUCGUUCAUUGGACUGUGUCGACACUUACAGCUCACGCUGAAAAUGAAACUGGUGAGAAGGUGAUACAGCAAGAUGAGUCCAAUAAAGCAUUUCAAUUUGGGAUCGAAAAGGAGCCGCUGCAGCUGGAUACCAAACUCUGAAUCAUUCUCGGAUGAGAAGGUUGCCGCUCAGUCAUCAGCAUGGUGGCCUUGAGAACAACAAAACAUAUAAUUUGUACUAGCAGCUCGGUACCUGGUGGUGUUGAAGAACCGCAUAUAAUUCCCAGGAUGAGAACAUGUUUAUUAUAUUUCUCUCCGUUAAUUCAAACUUCGGUUACUCUAUGCCUAUUUAUCUCGUGUUGGCUGUACUAGUAGCUUACACUUUGGUUGUUGUAGAGCCUAUGCACUCAGGGCAUCUCCAACCCUGAGAACAUGUUUAUUAUAUUUCUCUCCGUUAAUUCAAACUUCGGUUACUCUA